GGCUACAAAAGGAAUGCCUUUUUGGAGGCUGAUUUGCAAUGUUCGAACACCAUACAGAGCAUGGAAGAAGCUACGAGCAGCUUGUCAUGUUCAAAUGUGAAACUUGAUAGUGUGAUUCAGGUUCUGGAAGAUCUGCUUUCUGAGUUCGAGUCAUCUUCUCAUGGUCCAGGCAAAUGGAAAAUGUUGGCUGCCUUUUUACGACAGUGUUUGGAGGGGCCCAUACUGGACCUCUUUAAAAAGCAAUUAGAUCAAACUGAAUCUGAACGGAGUGCUCUCACAUUGAAAUGCCGGUCAAAUGAAGACAAACUGGGGCUGCUUAAGAAGCAGCUUGAGGCAAAUGAAAAGCAUAGAGCUGAAUAUUUGAAGCGAUAUGAGGAAGCUAUCAGUGAUAAGCAAAAAUUUUCUGAGGAGUACAACAGUCGUAUUGCAAAUUUGCUGAGCAAAUGCAGCACAUUGGAGGAGCGUUGUAUGAGUAUCGAAAAAGCUCUUGAUCUUGCAAGACAGGAAUCCACUGAUUGGAAAAUUAAGUAUGACGAAAGCAGUUUAGAGCUGAAGGCCGAGGAAGAUAGGUUUAAAGAAAUUUCAGCUCUGGAGUCAAGGUUAAGUGCUGCUGAAGGAAGACUGGCUGCUGCUCGUGAACAGGCAGAAUCUGCUCAGGAAGAGGCAUCAGAGUGGAAGCGGAAGUAUGCUGUUGCUGCUGGAGAAGCCAAAACAGCCUUGGAGAGAGCAGCAUUAGUGCAGGAGCGCACUAAUAAAAAAGCACAAGAAAGGGAAGAUGCAGUAAGGGCAGAAUUCUCUGCCCAGUUGGUGGAAAAGGGAGAGGAAAUCAAGAACUUAAAUGCAAAGCUUGAUUCUUCUGAGAACCAUGCAAGUACUUUGGUUUCACGCCUGGAGGCUGCUCAGACAAAGCUGGAGAAUCACGAGUUGGAAACUUUGGCCCUGAAGGAUGAAGUAAAGAAGUUAAAUUCAAACUUAGAUUCUGUGAAAGCUAAAGUUCAGCCCUAUGAGAGGGAAGCCAAAAUACUGGAACAAGAAAAGAACCAUCUCCAAGAAAGGUACAUUGCUGAGUGCAAGAUUGAUGAUGCAGAAGAGAGGCUCAAGGUCGCUGAAAGGGAUGCAAAGAGAGCUACUGAGUUGGCUGAUACUGCUCGGGCAGAAGUAGUUGCUGCUCAGAAGGAGAAGAGUGAAAUGCAGCACUUGGCAAUGGAAAGACUAGCAAUAAUUGAAAGAGUUGAACGGCAAGUUGAUAGAAUGGAGCAAGAGAAAGUGAAGCUGAUGGAUGAAGUAGAGAGGUUGCGUCAAUCUGAAAUGGAUGCCGUGUCCAAGGUUACACUACUUGAGAGGAGAGUUGGUGAGAGAGAGAGAGAGAUUGAGGAUCUAUUGAGUCGGAGCAAUGAACAAAGGUCCAACACAGUCCAAGUCCUUGAGAGUCUUCUGGCAACAGAACGUUCAGCUCGAACUGAGGCCAACAGCAGAGCAGAGGCCUUGUCCUUGCAGCUACAAGCUACUCAAGGCAGACUAGAUGCACUCCAUCAGGAACUGACAUCUGUUCGUCUAAAUGAGACCGCACUUGAUAGUAAGCUUAGGACUGCUUCUCAUGGGAAACGGUUAAGAGUAGAUAAUUAUCCGGGCACAGGAUCUGUCCAAGAUAUGGAGGUUGAUGAGGGGUUGGUGAGGGGUAGAAAGAGAUCCAAGAGUACUACAAGCCCCUUAAAGAAUACUCAGACAGAAGAUGGUGGUUCUGUUUAUAAAGGAGAAGAAAUUGAAACCCGGAGCCAGGAACGUCAAGAAACUGAAUCCGAUGACCAUACAAAGUUCACAAUUCUGAAACUGAAGCAGGAGCUCACCAAGCAUGGGUUUGGUGGACAACUGCUGCAGCUGAGGAAUCCUAACAAAAAGGAGAUUGUUGCUCUUUAUGAGAAGCAUGUCCUUCAAAAGUAGCUAUUUAUCAUGUAACCAUCUGGCGACUUACGAGAGCAUAAAAGCUGUGCAUGGUUUGUUCACAGGGUGUGGAAUCAUCUAAACUUGCGCAAAUUGCUCCAUAUACAGAUGUUCUGUAAUUACAGAGCCUUCUAUAUUUUAAGGUAAGUGCCAUUUUCAUGUUUUUAAUGCAAUUAUGUCAUCAUUGGGUUCA